UAUGUCAUUUUUAAUACAGUUGGUGCUCCCGUUAGAAGGGUGGAAAUUAAACGGCCUUUUUAUUGGCUUUCGUCUUCGUGAUGUCACCUCUUUCUCGUCAUGCGAUUGGCUGUUGGCUAAGUAGGGGAGCUCGUUAGUGCGUUUUUCCAGACUGAUGUUACAAUAGAUGGAAAAUGGGUCUCAAAUGGCAAGGUUGGACACAGUGACAGAACCCGUCGUUGUUUUCCCCACAAUUCUUGACGCAAUCCAGGAUCUACUGACACGCAGACGUGGGUUGAUGUUGACUCUAUUAUUCCCGAGAUCAACUUGAUUUGGCCCACCGUGUUUUUUUUUUUCGUGCUUGUGACAGAAAUGUUGUCUCGCAGUCUUUUUUCAACUGAUGACCCGUUUUUGGGAGCUGUCGGUCUUGUGUGGAUUCUCUUGACAUGUUUAAAUCGGUUGGAUAAUCCUCGUCAUUGUUGACAUUGACUUGGAUGCAACGGGGGAAUCCUUGGAGAAGAACGCCGAGGUGACGGAGGGAGACUGGAAUACGCUCGAAAGCACUGUGUGUAAAAAAAAAAAAAAAUAGAUUUAUUUAUUGGAAUUAACUCUGCACGAUGAUUCAUUGCGCCAACUGCGAAAAACCAAUUGUCGAUCGGUUUUUGCUCAAAGUUCUGGACCGACCGUGGCACGUUCAGUGUGUGCAGUGCUGCGAAUGCAAGUGCACUUUGACAGAAAAGUGUUUUUCACGAGAAGGCAGACUCUACUGCAAGAAUGACUUCUUUAGGAGAUUUGGGACCAAGUGUGGAGGUUGCUCCCAGGGGAUUCUGCCCAGUGAUCUUGUCCGCAGGGCCAAGAGCAAAGUGUUCCACCUCAACUGUUUCACUUGUGUGAUGUGCAACAAGCAGUUGUCCACCGGCGAGGAGCUCUACAUCCUGGACGAAUUCAAGUUCGUUUGCAAGGAGGACUACCACAACAACAACGGCAAAGACACCAUUCACCUCUCAGUGACGACGUGUAGCGAGCCCAGUUUAUCUCCGGACUCGCAGGACCUGCAACAGGAUGACUGCAAGGACUCGGAGGCGGGUCAUUUGUCAGACAAAGACGUUUGCCCCAACGAGAACGACGAGCAAGGCGCAGUCGGGAAAAGACGCGGGCCUCGGACCACCAUCAAGGCCAAACAGCUGGAAACGCUGAAAGCGGCUUUCGCGGCCACACCGAAACCCACCAGACACAUCAGAGAGCAGCUGUCGCGGGAGACCGGUCUGAACAUGAGAGUCAUCCAGGUGUGGUUCCAAAACCGGAGGUCCAAAGAGAGGCGCAUGAAGCAACUGAGUGCGCUUAGUGCCAGGAGACACAUGUUCUUCCGCACCCCGAGAAGGAUGCGAGCUCUGGGAGAGCGGGUGGACACCGCGGAGCUUGGCCAUUUCUCCUACUAUGGAGAUUAUCCUGGUGAAUAUUAUGGCCCAGCCGGGAAUUAUGAAUACUACCAAGGCCCACCAUCAUCCCAGGCACAGACACCAGCAGACUUGGGCUUCGUGCCCUCAGCAAUUCCCGCCGGCACCCCCUUAGGGGCCAUCGAGCAUCGCCACCCCGGCCACCACUGUCCGGGGGAGGUGCAGUGUUACCCUGACACAGUGUCACACCACCCGGUUAAUUCACCCAGCCCGGAGCCCAACGGCCCGGGCUCGAUGCAUAGCAUCUCCAGUGAGAUGUGCGGGCCCAGCACGCCCUUCACCACCAUCACCCUCGGCGACAACGGAUACACCAACCAACUGUCACAGCCCUCGUCCGAGGUGAGCGAAGGAACUGUGUGGUAACGCUGGGCGCUCUGAAAGGCAAAUCAUCACUUUAUUUAUUUAUUUAUGUAUUUAUUUAUUUAUUUAUUUAAAUGUUUUGAGUUCACACAAAAUCUCUAUUCUUGAACAUGAUUCUGUUGGUGCGUCCAUAGUCGAUGGAAUUCAAAUGGGACUCAUGAGUACAAAGCACUGGGUAGUGCGGAACCUCUGAUGGAGCAAUAAACACAUGCAUACUGUAAUUGUUGACACCAUAUCAAAUUUUUCAAAGAUCAAAAUGUAAGCUGUUCAUGUUAAGUCCAUUCAUCCUCCCGUGGUCUUGUAUGCUUUAUCCUCAUCCGGGUCCAGUAUCUUUGAAAAUCACCUUUCAGUAUUUAAAAAGCAGCUCUCGACAGCUCAUGGUGAAUACAAGGUUUUAGAUUGUGAUUGUCAAGUUUGUUGCAUUUGACCAAAAAGCUCUCUCAGGACAGUGUAAGCUUUGUUUCUUUUUCAAUUUCAUUUUUUUUUUCCAGCUGUGUCACAAAACAGAUUUGCCUUCAAAAGGACAUGCGACGUCUGAAAGAACGCGUUUGUAUAGACACUGUCGAUGAGUUCAACCUUAUAAAUAAAGAAUAUUAGUGAAGGGCAGUCAACUGUUUACUAUGAGCCCCAUUAUUUAAUUCUCACUGUAUAAAACCUGAUUGAUUAUGGACAUGGAUUCCAGAGCACAAAGAACCAAACCUUUGUCGCUAUGUUUGUGCGAUUGCCCGCUGUGCUAGUUUGUAAUUGGAAACACACACACACACACACACACACACACACACACACACACACACACA